CUGGCUGGGAUUGGCCCCUCCGCGCUGCUGUAGCGGCAGCCCCGGGCCGGGCACCGUGGAGACGGUGCGGGGGUGCGGGACGGGGCCGGCAGCCGUGAGCACUGGGACCGCUCCGGUGAGACACUGCCCCUGCCCGCCGGCGUCCCGCGCUUCUCCUGGGAAAAUGCAUCAUUUCCGUGGAGCUGCUGAGCUCAUAGUGUUUAUUCCGCCUUUUGCGGCAUUGGUGUUUGGUAAAAGUAAUCUCAGCGUGUGCGCCAUGAAGUACAACAGCGCUGUCUGCCCCGGUUUUUUUCUGAAAGCUGCCAGCCAUUGAAUUUGCAUGGAUUUGGAAGUUAAGGGAGUUGCUGCAUCCCCUCGAAGAAAGGCUGAGUUGUCACUGAGGGGGAAGAAAUGUCAGGGUUGGAGACCAAAUAGACAGGCUACACACAGUCCUCACCCACCAGAGGUGCCAUGCCUGGAUCUAGGGAGGCUGGGAGAUUCUGAUGAAGAGGAUGGGGACUCUUACAUGCCCUACACAGGAAGUUCUUCUCAUAUGUGCCAGCAAGAUUCAUCUUCAGAGUGGCGAAUGUCAUUACAGACUCCAUAUGCACAGCAUCAACAUGUGUCAAGAAAAUUGUGUCAGAACAAAAUGGAGAGGACAAGACCAGAAAAUCUGCCAUCCCUCAGAGACAGAUCCAAGUUGAAUCAUGGUCAGUAUGAAGGAGGUAUGAAGGAAGAAUAUAAGCAGCAUCCUCAGAGAAUUGCAGAAAAGAAAAAAGACCACCUCCAGUGUCCAGACACUUCAAUAAAGGGUACACAACUUGAAGAUGGACACGAUGAUUUUGUAACCCUUGAUAAGAAAGCUCUCCUGCAACAAUGCUAUACAAACAAACCUUAUAAUAUGCAGCACAACAUACGGAAAUCAGAAGCUGAGGAUGUUGCUGCAGAGAGGAGAAAACAGGCUGUUGUAGAACAAGUUAUGGUGGAUCAAUUAUGUAGAGCUGUUAUAAGUGAUCCAGAGCAGUCCACACGUUCUGAUGCUUGCAAGGAAGCUCCAGGACUUUUGGGAGUUGGGAUGGCACCAAUGCGUUUUAGAAAAAGGACCCUCCAUGAAACAAAAAUAAGGACCAAAUCAGGACUAACUGAGAACAUGCUCUCCAGCAAGCUACGCUUCGAUAGUAGGAUUAUAUCGAGAAAUGGUCAUGAUGCUUGUAGGGAGAUGAUUGGAUUUUUUUUCACGUGUGACAAAUCCCUUACUGUGUAUGAAUUUCGACAGUUUGGAAAAAACAGGACAAAUGCCUUGCCUUUCAUUCAGAAGGGAGUUUAUCAUCAUCAACGUGGACAAAGAAAGGGAAAAGCUUAUGAUCUUAGUGACUUCUACGUUGGAGCCAAUCUGACUUUCCGAAGUGUCGAUCAUAACCUUCCAGAAAGUGUUAAGCAGAACCCUUUCUUCACCCUUCGUGUGAUCAGUAUUGAUGAAGCAGCUAUGGAUUAUCUAAAAGCUUCCUCUGUGGAACUCAAGGAAGAGCGUUCCAGGCAAGUGGUUGAUAACAGUGACGUUUUCAAGAAGAUUCAAGGUAUGUUCAGAGAAACACUAAGUAAAAGAGGAGUUCGGGUUAUAACAGGCUUAGGAAAGUAUUUCCGACAAAUGGACAAGAACAGAAAUGGUUUUCUCUCUCGGGCAGCCUUCAAAGAAGCUCUAAAAGUUUUCCAUUUGGAAAUGCCUGAAGGGGACUUUGAAUCCUUAUGGCUUAUUCUUGAUGACAGCAAGAAUGAUAAGGUCGACUAUGGAGAAUUUACUCAUGCCAUAUUUGGAGAAAUGAAUGAAUACAGGAAAACAUUUGUAAGAAAAGCCUAUAUGAAACUGGAUUUCAACAAAACUGGGAGUGUGCCUAUGGUAAAUGUCAGAAAAUGUUACUGUGCAAAGAAACAUCCUCUGGUAUUGGCAGGAAAAACUGCAGAAGAAGAAAUCAAAUCAUCAUUUCUAGAAGCAUUAGGGGAUUCCUGCAGCAACCCCAGUGAAGUGUCCUAUUCUGAGUUUGAAGAUUACUAUGAAGGAUUAAGUUUUGGAAUUGGGGGUGAUGAUGAUUUUGUUAAUAUCUUAAGGAAUUCAUGGGGAAUUUAGAGUGGAAUAUGACAAAAAAGAAGAAGGGACAUUUUCUAAACAAGGAGUGACUAAGUAAGAGAGGAUUUAAUCUUGAUGGGCAUUACUUUAUAAUUGGUGUCUUAAACUGAUAUCAGGGACAGAAAACUUCAGAUGCUUUCAGAAUAAUACAUGGCAAAUUUCAUGGAGUGUCUGGUGAGUUAUGCUAGCCAUUCUUCUAAUAAAAAGGCUGUUCAUGUCUUUUCACUGGAAAUUAUUAAGGCUGUUUCCCAUACAAAAAGCCAUUUUAAAAAAUAUUAAAAUAAAGUUUCCUAUUUUAAAAUAAGAGGGAAUUAGAAUGCUAAAAUGCCUGAAGGGGUAUGCGCAAGAGAAAAUUUUGUUUUCUGAUGCAUUGUGAAAAGCUUCACAUUUGACUGCAGAAAUGUGAAUGGUAGCUUUCCUUCAGAAAUUUUCUUUUAACAUUCUUUGUCUCGUUUAUUUUUUCUUAUGCUGCUAUUAAGCUUGAAAGAGAGCAGGUCAUCCUUUUCCAGUUUUGAGGAUGUCUGCUGUACUGAAAGUGCAGAGAUGUUCACAGCAUUUACCCCUUGGCCUGUGCACCCUCUUGACUGAUCUUGCUUUGUCAUUUUGAUCAGGCAUCUGAAGCUGAGCAUUGGAUCUCAAAGGUUUUAGUAAUCACGCAUUUAUUUUGUAAUGCAUAUUUUUGUUUCCUGUAAUUUGCUAAAUGUUUUAAAAAAUAAUUUAUAUUUAAAUAUCUGCUAUCUUUAUAUUGCUGAGUUUUUUAAGCUAAAACAUAGCAAUUAUAUAUUUUGUCAAACUGAUAUAUAGCAUUCCCUAUCUAUUCUGAAAGUAUAAAACAGAAAAUAUUUUAAAAAGGCCCAAAACAACCACCUCUGCAACCACAAAAAUUAAAUUAUAAAUUAAAAUAUUCUUUUCUAUUUCAGAUAGUUCUGACAGGUACGCUUUUCAAUGUAAUACAUCUUGCUAAUUUUGUAAAAUUCUUUGUGUUAAGAAAUAAAAAUACACAGUUAAUGAGAGAGAGACGUUGAUUUUCAUACACCUGUCACUGAAAUUAACUGUAUG